UUCGUUAAAACGCAAAAAUUUCAAUUGUUAACACUACUUACAGUUUUUUUUCGGUAUACACAUUACAGUGUUUUCGAUUAGAAAGAACACAGUUAUUUUCAGUUUAUAGCUGUGUAUAUAAGCCUAUUGAUAAACUUGUAUCGGACUAAUAUCUACUGCGCGAUUUUCGCCGAUUUUAGGUUAUCAAAAAUUUAUCAUGAAAUUGGAAUAUCAAAAAUGAUGCCAACAAUGCCUCCAGAUGCUCACAAAAUAUCUUUAAAAAUUAUAGAAGCUAUUAAACAGCAUCCAGUUUUGUAUAUUACUGACGUAAAAGGAACAGCGAUAAAAUUACAAGAAUUUAGACAAAAAGUAUGGAAGAAAAUUUCCGAUGAAUUAGGAUUAGAUCCUGCAUGGGUUCGUCUUAGGUGGAAAAAUUUACGCGACACUUAUUGUCGCAUUUUAAAAUAUAAAAAUAAAACAGAUAAAGGUUCGAGACGAAAAAAAUGGAUCUUUGAAGAUCAUUUAAGUUUUUUAAAAUUUCCAUACGAACCUGAUUAUCAACCUCAAUGCGUAGAACUUACAGAUGAAUACAUAGAAGAAAUAAAUAGAGCCGGAAUAACAUCUGAAAAUCUUCUAGAACAGCUGGAAGAUCGAAAUGACGAAGAUUACAGUGAAUAUUUAGAAGUUUUGGAAGAAACAAAUGCUGAUUCAGUAUUAGAAGAUAAUCAAAUUGAAAUUUUAAAUACGAAUGAGCAUGAAAUUACCGAGGCACUAGAUGAUUAUAGCAUUAAUGAAAAUCAACAAGAUAUAAAUAUACAUGCACAACAAAUUAAAUUAAAAUAUCGAAAAAUACGUCCAAAACGAUUAAAACCAAAUAAUCAAAAUGAUCAUACCGAUGAAAAUACUGAUUAUGGAAUUUUAAACCCGAAUUUCAAAAUAGAACAAUUAAAAUUACCUAUCAGUCAUAAUACCAGUAACAAUAUUAGCUCUAUGAUUAUAACAAAUACAACAUCUAUUAAUUCUUCACCAAUCAAUGAUACUCAACCUGAAUCAGUUAUUGAUACCAAAGGUGAUCUAAUGUCUACAAGAUCACUAGUACCAACAAGCACAGAACUUUUCUUUAACAGCAUGGCUCAAACUGUUAAAUUAUUACCUCCUAAAGCUCAAGCAGAGGUCAAAAUGGCUGUUUGUAAAAUAGUAACUGAGGCAGAAGUAAAAUACUCGAAAAAAAAAUUACAAUUAAAUACACAACAAUUUAUUGCACCUCCUGGUAUGAUUCCGAAAUUAGUUCUUAUUCCAUGUAGUAUGAUAGAUAAUCAGGAAAAUAAAUAAUAUUUCUAGAUUAAAAAA